UUAAAAUUCAUGAAAAGAAAACCACAGAAAAAUGUAAUAUUUUCAUGCACUCGUGUGAAACAAAAUAAAGAGUACACUCUAUACUCUAUAGUUUCUCGUUUAGUUUAGAUAUAUAAAUACAAAGACUUGAGACGACUUCUAAUACUCCGGCAACGAUGAUUAAUACCGACGAUAACUUAUUGAUGAUCGAAGCUCUCUUGACCUCCGAUCCGUCGCCACCAUUACUUCCGGCGAAUCUCAGCCUCGAGACUACUCUCCCGAAGCGUUUACAUGCUGUGUUGAAUGGAACCCACGAGCCCUGGAGUUACGCCAUUUUCUGGAAACCGUCGUACGAUGACUUUUCCGGUGAAGCAGUUCUCAAAUGGGGCGACGGAGUUUACACUGGUGGCAACGAGGAAAAGACACGAGGGAGGUUGAGGAGGAAGAAGACGAUUCUGUCGUCUCCGGAGGAGAAAGAGCGUCGGAGUAAUGUUAUUCGGGAGCUUAACUUGAUGAUCUCCGGCGAAGCGUUUCCGGUGGUUGAAGACGACGUCAGUGAUGACGAUGACGUGGAAGUGACGGAUAUGGAGUGGUUCUUCUUGGUUUCCAUGACGUGGAGUUUUGGUAACGGAUCCGGGUUAGCGGGUAAGGCGUUUGCUAGCUAUAACCCGGUUUUGGUUACCGGUUCGGAUCUGAUUUACGGGUCGGGUUGUGAUCGGGCUAAACAAGGAGGGGAUGUAGGGUUACAGACCAUCUUGUGUAUUCCUUCACAUAACGGAGUGUUGGAGCUUGCAUCCACGGAGGAGAUCCGACCAAAUUCGGAUCUUUUUAAUAGGAUCCGGUUUCUUUUUGGAGGAUCCAAAUAUUUUUCUGGAGCCCCGAAUUCGAACUCGGAGCUUUUCCCAUUUCAGUUAGAGAGCAGUUGUUCAAGUACUGUAACCGGUAACCCGAAUCCUAGUCCGGUUUAUCUACAGAACCGGUAUAAUUUGAACUUCUCGACGUCAUCUUCCACAUUGGCGAGAGCUCCAUGCGGCGAUGUACUGAGUUUUGGCGAGAAUGUUAAACAGAGUUUUGAAAAUCGGAACCCUAAUACUUAUUCUGAUCAGAUUCAAAACGUCGUCCCUCACGCGACGGUGAUGCUGGAGAAGAAGAAGGGAAAAAAGCGCGGGAGAAAACCGGCGCAUGGUAGAGACAAGCCUUUGAACCACGUGGAAGCAGAGAGGAUGAGACGUGAGAAGCUAAACCACAGAUUCUACGCAUUACGAGCGGUUGUACCAAACGUAUCGAAAAUGGACAAAACGUCGUUGCUCGAAGACGCGGUUUGUUACAUAAACGAGCUGAAAUCAAAAGCUGAAAACGUUGAAUUGGAGAAACAUGCGAUUGAGAUUCAGUUCAAUGAACUCAAGGAGAUUGCAGGACAACGAAACGCAAUUCCUAGCGUUUGUAAAUACGAGGAAAAGGCAUCAGAGAUGAUGAAGAUCGAAGUGAAGAUUAUGGAAAGUGAUGAUGCAAUGGUUAGAGUUGAAUCAAGGAAGGAUCAUCAUCCAGGAGCGAGAUUGAUGAAUGCUUUGAUGGAUUUGGAGUUAGAAGUGAAUCAUGCGAGCAUUUCUGUGAUGAACGAUCUUAUGAUACAACAAGCGAACGUGAAGAUGGGGUUGAGAAUCUACAAGCAGGAAGAGCUUAGGGAUUUGUUGAUGUCGAAAAUUAGCUGAGAGUUUCUGCGGUGUGUUUUGAGAAAAUUAAUCAUGGGGUCAAAGUGUAAUUAAGUUUUGUUGAUUUUCUCAUAAGUUAAUGGCCGUUUUAUUAGAUUUUGGAUAAUAUACAGUUCUAAUCUUGUGACCC